UUUAGGGCUUAGUUGAGCAGGUUGUAUCAAGAUGGCGGAGCACUUGGCGUCGAUAUUUGGUACAGAGAAGGACAGGGUGAACUGCCCUUUCUACUUCAAGAUCGGAGCUUGUAGACAUGGUGACCGUUGUUCAAGGCUUCACACCAGACCCGGCAUCAGCCCCACAAUCCUUCUUUCGAACAUGUACCAGCGCCCUGAUAUGAUCACUCCCGGCGUCGAUCCUCAAGGCCAAGCUAUCGAUCCUAACAAGAUCCAGCAACACUUCGAGGAUUUUUAUGAAGAUCUGUUUGAGGAGCUGAGCAAGUAUGGGACUAUUGAGAACCUAAACAUCUGUGAUAAUUUGGCUGACCAUAUGGUGGGUAAUGUGUAUGUCCAAUUUAAAGAAGCAGAAGAUGCUGCAAGUGCACUCCAGAAUCUGACUGGAAGAUUUUAUGCAGGGCGUCCUAUUAUUGUUGACUUCUCUCCGGUGACUGAUUUUCGUGAAGCUACUUGCAGACAAUAUGAGGAAAAUGUGUGCAAUAGAGGCGGAUACUGUAACUUUAUGCAUCUGAAAAAGAUUAAUAGGGAGCUAAGGAGGCAGUUGUUUGGAAGGAGUAGUAAACGGAGGCACAGUCGGAGUCCAAGCAGGAAUCAGCCUUAUGAAGAGCGUCCACGUGGUGGUGGUUCAAGAAGAGGUGGUGAUGAUGGAGAUCACCACCACAGUGAUCGGAGUCGGAGACAUAGAAGCAGAAGUCCUGGUCGAAGAGGAGGAAGAAGAAGCAGGAGCAGAAGCAGAAGCCCUAGAGGAGGUGGUGGAAGGAGGAAUAGGAGCCCGCCAGUGAGGGAAAACAGUGAAGAGCGAAGGGCAAUGAUUGCUCAAUGGAAUAAGGAGCGCGAACAGGGGGAAGAUAAGAAUGUGGAAACUGAUGCUGAUGCUGAAAUUAAGAAUGAGAAUGGCAACAACCAUAAAGAGAACUUUGUUGAGAGGGAAGAAACUGAUUCACAUCAGCAAGAGCCAGAGCAUAAAGAGCAUAGAGGAUAUGAUGAUGACUGAUCUUUUGUGGCAUUGUCUGGUUGAGGAUGGGGCCUGAGUGUUAUUUACAGCAGCUUAUCAUGAUAUUUGUUUUCAGGUUAUCUCUUGUUCAUUCCAUCCAUAGCUAGCUAGCUUCCAUGCAGGGCAGAGAGGUUACCAGAGACAGUUGAGGAGGAGUGCCACCAUUAGAGAAGCCAAUCACAAGAAGUUUAUUUCUUCUUCUAGAAACUUUUUUCCUUUUGAUGUGAAAUUUCUCUUUAAAGAUGCAAGUAUUUGAAUCAGGAUUUGUUUUUCUUCUUCUGUGUGUUGGUUUUGUUCUUAUUAUUGUGAGGGAUGUUCCUAUCCAGAUUUUACUCUCCUCUUUGAUAUACUUCUUGUUGUUGUAACUUUGUUUGAUACUGGUUUACCUUUGACUUGUUUCUUCCUCA